AUGAAUCUCCGAUUUGGUGGAAUACGCAACGAAAACAUCCGCCUGACGCAGAUUGACCACGACGGCGCUGUUGACGACGACGAUGCAAAUGAAGUCUGCAUCAUCGGGGCGAUUGCCUUGGGAAUCAUUUUCAAAAGAUUCGAUGAUGAUUUGGUACCAGUGCUGCCCUUAGGUGUCGACUUCGACGUCAUCAUCGUGGCCAUGUUUACAUGUGUUCGCGUUGCAAUGAGUGGCAUCGUCGAAUCCUGCAUCAGCCAGGCCGCUUGGAUUUGGGUCUCUGAAGCGCGCCAAAGCCGUACCCACGACAUGCGUGCAAGGUUGGAAGACUUCAAGAUAUACGACGAGGCCUCGCGCGGCCUCUGGGGGAGUAUCUGCCUCAUCUGGCGUCUGAGGGCAAGGCACCUGGCAUGCAUCGGUGCCUUGAUUGUCAUCUUGGUCCAUGGACUUGAGGCAUCCUCUCAACAGCUGUAUCAAUACGAGCCCAGACCAUGGACAAACGAGACAGCAGGUCUAGUCAAGCCUCCCCCGAGAAGGCCGGCGCUAAACGUAUCCACGAAAGCCGCCAUUUAUAGUGGCAUUCUCUCGCUCGAUGUCAAAGAUAUCGGAGCCGAUUGUAAACCUGAAAACCAUACCUGUGCGUGGAAAUACGUUCCAACACUCGCGGUUUGCGGCGAAUGCAACAAACUGAGUGUCGAGACCAUGUGCACCGACAAGUCACAGACUUGCCUGUACAGGACGCCAUCCAACACUUCAUUCGAUGUCGCCAAUUCACCGAACACGGAAAAAUUCAAGGUGACGAACUCGCCUGCCGGUAUCUUCCAUCACAUGAACUCAACUUCACGCACCUACAUCAACGUAUUUGAUUUCCUUUGGGUGUCGAGAACAAGGCAGAAGACCAAGAUCCUUGCACAUGAAUGCGCCCUAUGGUUCUGCAUCAAGACUUACACGAUCGAGGUUGAUGACGGCGGUUUGAACCAGACAUAUCUUGAUGCCUGGAACACAACACGAUUUGAGAAGGACAACAGCGCGCAUUUUGGAGAGUACGUGUUUGUCAACAUACCGAAAGAAAUGCACGUUGAGAAACCAUCUCGAUACAGCGUCACCAAGGAGGCAUUAGCGGCACUACAGAGGUUCAUAGAUCCCCUGCUUGAGGGAACGUUCGAAAGUCAGUACACCAUUAUCAACUUCUCCUCGGAUUGGGUCGAGGGUCUCUACAACGCUCAAGGGAACCUCAAAGACUGGAUCGGUCGGUUCAGCACCAGUCUCACGAAUGAGGUGAGACUGCAUGGGCGCAUUCGAAACGAGCAGAAAGACCGGCAGCGGUACGGCUGUCCGGCAGUCAUGGAGAGGCAGAUGAUUAUCGUCGCGUGGUGGUGGCUCAUUUUCCCGGCGGCUUUGAUUGUCAUCAGCAUCUACUAUCUCUUCCACACCAUUAUCCGGGGAGCCCGCGAUGACAUAUCUGUGUGGAAGAGCGACUCGCUGCCAAUGCUGUUCUGCCGAAUCGAUCCCUCGAUCCUCCUUAAAGUCGGCGAUGGCAUGGACCUGCCCAACGGGUUGGACAAGCGCGUCGGGGACGAGAAGGUGUGCUUGUUGAGAGAGGAAGAUGGCGAUUGGGUGUUCAAGCCGAUCGAGAGCGAAGAAUCAUCGUCGGAUUCCGAUUCUGAGGGAGGGAUCUCAUGGUGA